AGUUCAAACUGAUUAAUUUUAUUCAGUAGCUCAGUUGCUUGCUGUCUGUAAACGUUGAUUUUGUUGUUUUGAGAGCAGUCUAUUUAAAAAAUGCCGCGUUUACCGUAUACUUUCCGAGGUUUCAUCGCUCCGGUCUUCACGCCUUUUAAUUCAAGAAAUUCAACACUAAAUUUAUCAAUAAUACCGAAAUAUGCUCAAUAUUUGGCUGAUAACGGAGUCAAUGGCGUUUUAGUCAAUGGUACAACUGGGGAAGGCGUAUCGAUGACAGUAUCUGAACGUAAACAAGUUGCAGAAGCAUGGGCUAAUGCUGUUAAAACAACCAAGCAACAUUUGAUGAUUCAAGUUGGCGGAACGACUUUUCCUGAUGUUAUUGAACUUGCUAAACAUGCAGAAGAAUUAAAAGCUGAUUCUAUUCUGUGCUUACCAGAACUGUAUUUUAAACCUACCAACUGUAAAGAAUUAACAGAAUACUUAAGAAAUGUUGGAAAUGCUGCACCUAAUACCCCCCUCCUGUACUAUCAUAUUCCAAUGCUCACAAAUGUCAACAUUCACAUGGGACAGUUUUUAGAGAUGGUUGGUGACUCGAUUCCAUCUUUUGUUGGCAUUAAAUUCACCAGUAUUAAUCUUGAAGAAGGAGCUCAAGCAGUGCGAGCUAAUUCCAGACAAUUUGCUGUCUUCUUAGGAACUAAUUUAUUAAUAUCAGCUGGAUCUUCAGUUGGUAUGGAUUCCUUUAUCCCAACGAGCAUUAACAUUUUUCCAGAGUUGACAAUAAAAAUUUUCGACGCUUUCAAACGAAGUGACGCCUUAAAAGCUGCUGAGUUUCAAAACAAAUUAUCUGAAGUUGUUAUUGCAAUAUCUAAACAUGGUAAUUGGGUGACAACAAUGAAAACGGCGAUGGCACUUUUGACCACAAUUGAUUUAGGUUCCGUUCGUUUUCCAAAUGGAUCACUUUCUUCGGAAAGUAUCGAGGUUAUGAAGAAAGACCUCAAAUUACUGGGAUAUAACUUAAAUUAAAGUUCAAAUUUAUUUCAACAAAAAAUUAAUUCAUAAAGAUUAUUCGCAAUGGCAAUAAACAUAAGAUUUAUGUA